CACAUAUCACCCUCUACCUCAGUUCUUCCUCCCAUAUUCCCACACCUUUCGCAUUCCCAAACCCUGUGAAAGGCGAAGAGCGUCUCCAAGGAAUUCGCUAAGCCACCCACCACCUUCUUAGGUUUGAGGAGUCAGAUUGGUUAUUCUGGCUCCAAGGCAAGGUGCGCCGUGAUUAUCAUCUACCAACAAAUAGCCAUUGGCAGGCAUUUCACAGAUUCGAUCCUGCCAUUUGAGCCAACCCUUGCUGUCAAGGAAUCUGGUUAAUUAGUCCUAACAUUAUGAUUCACCAUGGUUGAUCAGGUUCAUCACCCCAGCAUCAUACAAAAGGUAGCCGGCCAAAUCCAUCUCCAUUCUGGGCUUUCUCCUGAUAUUAGAAGUUAUGACAACAGUUUCAGCCGACCUGCUCUCUUCCAAAGACGCUCAUUUGGGAAUUACUCAAAUGCUGCACUGCAGUAUCCAUCAAUGCCAGCAUGCAGACCUGCAACUGAAAUUUCUACUCUUGCUGGAGCAGCAGGCUCGCCAAUCUUUGUUGCUGCUCCAGCUGAGAAAGGAAAUUUUAUGGUGGACUUUCUUAUGGGCGGAGUUUCUGCUGCUGUAUCAAAAACUGCUGCUGCUCCCAUUGAACGUGUCAAACUUUUGAUUCAGAAUCAAGAUGAAAUGAUUAAAGCCGGUAGGCUAUCUGAGCCCUAUAAGGGUAUUGGUGAUUGUUUUAGCCGGACAGUUCAAUCUGAAGGUGUUGGUUCCCUUUGGAGAGGUAACACUGCCAAUGUCAUCCGUUAUUUUCCCACACAGGCCUUGAACUUUGCUUUCAAGGACUACUUCAAGAGGCUUUUCAAUUUCAAGAAGGACAAGGAUGGUUACUGGAAAUGGUUUGCUGGCAACUUGGCCUCUGGAGGAGCUGCUGGUGCUUCAUCUCUAUUAUUUGUUUACUCCCUCGACUAUGCUAGAACUCGUCUGGCUAAUGAUGCGAAAGCCGCAAAGAAGGGUGGAGGAGAAAGGCAAUUCAAUGGACUCGUUGAUGUCUACAAGAAGACUUUGGCUUCUGAUGGUGUUGCUGGUCUUUACCGUGGUUUCAACAUCUCAUGUGUUGGAAUCAUUGUGUAUCGUGGUCUUUAUUUUGGAAUGUACGAUUCCCUUAAGCCAGUUCUCUUGACUGGAAAGUUAGAGGAUAGCUUUUUUGCUAGCUUUGCUCUGGGAUGGCUCAUUACCAAUGGUGCAGGGCUAGCCUCAUACCCCAUUGACACUGUUAGAAGAAGGAUGAUGAUGACCUCUGGUGAAGCAGUCAAGUACAAGAGCUCCAUGGAUGCAUUUGCUCAGAUUAUCAAGAAUGAAGGCGCCAAGUCCUUGUUCAAGGGAGCCGGCGCCAACAUCCUCCGUGCUGUUGCCGGUGCUGGUGUGCUUGCCGGCUAUGACAAGCUUCAGGUAUUGGUGUUCGGGAAGAAGUAUGGAUCUGGUGGCGCUUAGUUUCUAGAUUUCUGAUUCAUAUUUAGGUGUAGAUGAUCAUGAGAAUCACAAGUUUUUUGAGAAUUUAACAAAUUGCUCCGGCAGAUUUUGUUUAAUAAUUUCAUUCUUUGGGAUAAUGUCCCAGAAUCAGUUUUAGUUUCGAUCAAAAAUUGAUAUUUUAGCCAUGAUUUUUUGAGUGGCGGGCAAAUUAACUGUCACUUAUAUCUCCUUUUUGUAUUAUUUGAGAAAUAUUCUC